UAGAUCACUUUCACCACAUGGAUGCAUUUGACAAAAUUUCUACACACACUGGGCCAUUUCUAUGUGCGUUAAUGUAUCCCUAUCCAGCAUGAUCAAUUAGUCAGAGAAAGAAUGACAGGAUUUCAUGAGUCUGGCAGAUUUCGAAUGAUUAAAGCAGGUGAUAUUUCUGCGCUCUUUUUCUUGAAUGCUGCUUUCAAGUGGCUUCAGAGCAAUGGCUAGUUGUGGAAAAUGUGAUGUGCUCUGCGCCUAUUUGUAGGCCUGCUAUAAAUAGGGUCCUGCUGGCAACACAUGCUCUGCUGUGAUUGACAAUUCUAGUGCUACUGGGACAGCAGGCUCCAAAGAACAGGCAAAGAAACACACUAAUGUCGUUCUCCAAAUAGUUACGAAGUUGGACUUUACAUUUGGUUCCAAACGCCUGAAGACAGACCUGAAUUUUAUUUUGCAGAAAUACUGAAACCCCACUUAGAGAGACUGGUGGGUUUUUUCGGACUGUUGAAAUUAUUUAUUUUGGACAAUGACAUCCAGGAGGCCCAUGACCCGCUCUUACUCUGGAAAUGGGAGAUCGGGAAGCCAAAAUGGGGAGGAUGUUUCAGCGCCAAGCGGGAGGUCAGAGAGCCGCAACUACCUCUCCAACGUUAGGCCUGAAAACAGCUUUUCAACUCACAGGUAUUCAAACUACAGGCCGCCAAGGAGUACAUUAUGUACCGUCAUGGCUCAACUGACUGAAGAGACCCAGCCAUGUUUUGAAACCACCAUAAAAUCAAAGGCAGUGUCAGAAUCGUGCAAUGUCAAAUUCUCUUGUGUGGUUACGGGUUACCCAGCUCCUGAGUUGACCUGGUACAAAGAUGACAUGGAGUUAGAUCGAUAUUGUGGUCUUCCCAAAUAUGAAAUAUUUCGCAAUGGAAAAAUUCACACACUCCACAUCUACAACUGUACAGAAGAUGAUGCAGCCAUUUAUCAAGCCUCAGCAAGGAACAACAAGGGCAUCGUCUCCUGUUCUGGUGUGCUGGAGGUGGGCACCAUGAGCGAAUACCUGAUCCACCAAAGGUUCUUCGCCAAACUGAAACAGAAGGCUGAGAUCAAGCGGCGAGAGCUGGAAGAGAGUCGACGUCGGGGUAAGGAGAACAUCCAGAAGGAACAACUGAAUGUGAUUAACCAGGAACGCUUAUUAAGGAAGCGUAGGACUCCUGCUGGGAACGACACCCUGAGCUCUUCUCCCACAACCCAGGAUGGAGAGGAGAACGCAACCUCCCAAGGAACCGAAGAAGAGCAGCCUACAAUCCUGAAUGAUAAGCCUGAUAAUAUCACAGUACAGGCAUCUGCAGGCAUAACAGAGAUGAUAACAGAGAACGGUAAUGAGAAACUCAACCAUACGGAGGUGGUCGCCACAAAGCAGUCCAAAGAGAAACCAGGUGAAAAGAAGAUGCGUAUUACCAAUGGAUUCGAUGAGGUGGGUGUUAUUAAACCCACCCUGAGCAACAGAAAACAAGAGGAUGCUAAUGAAGGAAUGAGCCUGGCUAAAUACUUAGCUGAGUCUGUGCAGUCACAAGCUGCUGAGCAACAUCAGUCACAGGAGAUCAUGGAGGUUGAUGUUACUCCUGUCCAAGAAAAAGAACGAGAAAGAGAGCUGGAGAUAGAAAGAGAAAGAUUAAAAGAAGAGGAGAGGAACCGAUCAAGAGAAAUAGAGCGAGAGAGAGCCAAAGAGAGAGACCGAGAGAAAAUUAGACAAACGGAACAAGAACAAAGAACUACAUCUGGGCCUUCAACCAAAGCCGCAUCUCAGAAAGAGCCAGAAGGUCAACACAAGUCAGCUCUAACCUCAGUUUUUCACUCCCUAAAGGACAUAUUCUUCGGCAAAAGCAAGAAGUCUACAGACACAGCCGGAACCACGAAGAGAACUAGUGAAGUUAACGUAGAAAAAGAAAUUCCACAUGAGAAACAUCUCCCUCCUUCACAAACACCUUCUCAAGAGUCUUUGGUUGACAGUGAGGCCUCCAAGCUUGAGGCACCAAAGCUGAUCCAGGAACCUCAAAUGGUGGACUUGGAAGUAAAAAAGUCUUUACAACAAACAAAAGAGUCAGACACUCCUAAUGAUAUCAUAAACUCUGAACAAGGUCCUGAAUUUCAUGCAAACAAACCUGAGGAUGUCUCCCCCACCCUUGAAAGUGAGCAUGUUCAGACCAUUGGAGCAACACUUAGACUUUCUCUACAUGAGAAGGAGAUACCAAAGGAAGAGAGUAGUCCUGAGGAAGUCCCGCAGAAUGAUCAAUCGCUGCUUUUCAAGGCUACAGAUGACCAUACUAAACCUAGUGAAACUGAUGUUCCUGGCUCUGUGGACCAGGCCAAUCCUUCAUUCCAGACUGAAAGCCUGGAAUUUACCUAUCCUGAGGAUGAGGUCAUGCAAGGUGCUGAGGAAAUGCAUAUUUUAGAGGAACAGGGGGGCUCAGCUGCCCCCAUGACAGACCUCACCAUGGCAGACCUGGAAAGCAUGCAGUGUUGUGAGAGCCAGCCGGAGUCUCAGCUUUCACAGCCUGCCAACUUUGUCCCUACCGAAGUGCACACUGAGUCCCAGUCAGCGAAGCUGAGGGUUGAAGAGAGCAAAGAGUCGUGUGAGACAAAUGAGAAAGUAAUUCCUCACAUGGAGGAAGAAAGUGUUAUGAAAAUGCUAGAGGGAGGUCCCCUGACAGGAAAAAAUAAAGAGGAGAUGAAUUGUGCAACAGAAGGGAAAUCUUACACUGCAGGGGAAAAUGAGUCUGAGAGUGACUUUGUCAUAAAAGAGUCAGUCCUUCCUGUAGUUGUAGUGAGUGAAAGAGAAUAUGAAAUGAAUGAUCAAAAUUUAUUGCCCCCAGCAUUGGGUCUGAGUCAAGAAUGGGAUUCUGUCGCUCUUGUGCCUGAGAGUGCAAUGGAAAUUGAUUCUAAACCAGAUGAAAAAUCAAUAUCAGCUCUAAAUGUUAGUUUCACAGACAAUAAAGAAGUUGCAUUUGACUCUGCUACAGUGAUUGGCUUUAAUACGGAGGAAACCAAGGAUGAUAAAAGCAUUCCAAGUCAGGAUAGGAUUGCUGAAGAUAAGGGAAAAUAUAGUGGUGAAGAGAAAAGCAAUGAGAAAGGAAAUGUUAAUCUUGAAAAACUCAAGGAAGAUUCCAGCCAACCAAAGAAAGAUGAUAGGAGAAACAACAAUCUUGUUCCAGAGACAGAAGCACCUAUUGUAAUUCCAGAGAUGGAGAUCCCCAAAAGUCCAAGACGAGGUGAGACUGAGGUUAUGGAAACUCAACCAAGGCCAUACAAAGGAGAUAAAUCUCCAAAACUCCUUACGAAAGCGGAGAAACGUUUGACCGAGAAGGACCAAGCAGCAGUCCAACCAAUCAUAAUACUCCCCGACACAAGAGAAACCGUUAUCAAGAAUGUAGCAAAGAAGAGAUCCACACCAGUCAUCCCAGAAAUCAAGGUCACAUUGCCGGAAAGAGUCAAACGUGAAGAACCUGUUAUUGCGCCUAGAAGUGAAAUUCUGAAAUUGGACUCUGAGAGAGUUAUGCAACCUUUAACGCAAGAGGUGGCACAGAUAUUUCGAGAAAAGGAACGACAAACGGAAGAUGCCACUAGAGCAUCAGGUGAAUCAACCUCCAAUAGUGCCUUAGUUAUUCCAGAUCUUUUGGGCGUGAACAGGAACACUCAAUCAUCACCUGCUGUGGAAGAACAAGGAAGUGUCAACACUGGGAGAGGCAGGGAAGAUGAUAAUAAUAUCCCUAUAAUCAACAUAGCAUGCGCUGAUGAUAACACAACCACUCUUGAACAAGAGCAAACUCAUGGCCACCCCUCACUUCCUGGCAUAGUAAUCUCUCAAGAUAUUCCUCAAGAUGUUCCUCCCAUCUCCAAAAAUGAUGACUCUGAGACUUUAGUUACUAUGCUGAAGAGUGACAGUCAACAUGGUCCAGUUGCAACGACUGAGAAACCAAAAGAGCAGCUCAUGGCCCAGCUGAGCCCUGAUAUGUCUACAAAAACUCCUCCUAGUAUUGCAAACCAAGACCCAGACAAGGUUCCUCAGCUGAAAGACGCAAGAGUAGAAUCUGAAUCUGACAAGCUUCAAAAAGACAAACCUUCCACAGAGAAACUUAGCCUAACAACCCCAGUUGGACCUACACUCCCUCCACUAAGUCCUGCCAGUCUGCGAAGGCUAAUGGCAAAGAACAACCCAAACUUAGAGAGUCAGGGGUCCAUCUCAGCAGCAUCAGGGGAUGGAAGUGAGAAGAAAGGGGAAGAGAGUGGAGGAAGCACACCCACUUCCGCUCUGUCCUGUGAGAGUAGCCCAAAGAUGAAGCGACGAGACAGUCUCACCCUAAUACCCUCAGCCACCCCUGAGGAGCUGGCUUCUGGUGCUCGCCGCAAGAUCUACCUUGCCAAAACCAAGUCUGAGGAUGAGGGAUCUGACACGCAGGGUAAGAGGGAUAGUCCGUAUAUGUCGCCCAGUCAGGCUCGCAGGGCGGCUUUCCUGCAACUUCAAAGUGGGCAGCAGACACCGCCUACAGAAAGACGUUCACCAUUGACGGGCCGUCGCAAGGCCACGCUGGAGGUGCCGAAACCUAAGGAGGAGAUGGUAGAGGUGACAGACAACACAAAGACGGAAAGCAAACCAGCAGAAAAGGAGAAGCUAGACCCGUUCAAAGCUCCUCAGGUUAUCCGCAAGAUUAGGGGAGAGCCCUUCUCAGAUGCCUCAGGCCACUUGAAGCUGUGGUGCCAGUUUUUUAACAUUCUUAGUGACUCCACCAUCAAGUGGUACAGAGACGAAGAGGAAAUUGUGGAGAUGGAAAGACGUGCUGGGGAUGAGAGUCCAGUGGUCCUGGCAAUAGUCCAAGCUUCUAGCAGAGACUGUGCAGUAUAUGGCUGCUCAAUCAAGAAUGAAUAUGGGACUGACAUCACUGAUUACUUACUCAGCGCAGAGAUACUGGCAGAAUUUUUCUUAAGGGAAGAUUUGGAAGUUGGAGAAGAGAUUGAGAUGACACCAAUGAUGUUCACCAAAGGCCUGGCAGACUCGGGUUACUGGGGUGAUAAAUUCUUUGGUCGCAUCAUGACGACAGAGGUUCAGAUUGGAGAGGGAUGCGUACACAAGACUUGCAGGGCAAAGGUUAUCUAUGGUUUGGACCCUAUCUUUGAGUCAGGCAGCACGUGCAUCACUAAAGUAAGAAAUCCCAUCGCGUAUGGGGCCAAGGAGGAGAGCAACCUGACCGAGAGAAAUCUGGAGAUCACCAAACAGGACUGCAAAAUCCAAAAUACUGUUCGGGAGUACUGCAAAAUAUUUGCAGCUGAGGCCAGAGUGAUCGAGAACUUUGGAUUCUCAUUGGAAGUCAUCCCCCUUCAUCUGAUGUAUCGGCCCGCCAAUACAAUUCCAUAUGCUACAGUAGAGACUGAUCUAGAUGGCGAGUAUGUGAAAUACUGUGUGAUGGACAGCACAGGGAGACUGAUCGCCAGAGCCACCUCUGAGGUGGAACAGAAGUGUUGCACUUUCCAGCACUGGAUCCAUCAAUGGACCAAUGGAAACCUCCUGGUUACCCGGUUAGAAGGUGUCGAUGCAAAGAUUACAAGCAUUGAAAUAGCAACUAAGUCUAAAGGGUACCAAGGCCUGACCGAUAAAGGAUCUCCAAAGAUAAUCGAGCAGUUCAUUACUCAACAUCAGUGUAAUUACUACUGUGGACUUUUGGGUCUAAGACCCUUAAAGCCAAUGGAAUCUCUACAACAGCCUAAAAUAAAGACCUCCAGGAGCCCUCUACUGGCCCGGAGGGGCGGAACAGGCUCAUCCAGCCCUCAGCUUCAAAAGAAAGGAACUAGCCCACAGUCCACCCGGAAAGCCACAUCCAGCCCCAAAAUGGCUAAAAAGACAGGUGAAGCUGGGGAGAACAAUUCCACCACCAAACACAAAACCGUGGAGGUCCAAAAACCUGUCAGGAUGAGGUAGAAAGAAGGAGGGCAUAUUUUUUUUUGAUUUUCCUACCAAACUUUAGUUUGGAGCCUGUAUAAUUAUCUAGCUACUGUUGUACAGGACAAACGGCUUCCUGUAAAUGCACAUAGAAUAAGGAAGAAAUGGCUAUAUAGAUGCAAGGAUUGUAAUGAACAGAGAUGUUUGGCCAUUUUUUAAUCUUACUGUGAACUGCUUUGCAGCUAUAAGUCACCAUCGAUACCUCCUGAGAGAAGCUUUGCUUUAUUUUUAAGAGCUGAAUUGAGGUCUAAGAAAAAUACCAAACCUGGCUGCGUGUAGACGGAUGAACAAUGUUUUCAGAUAGACUCUGGAACUUGGUUUGAUUUGCUCAAAUGUUCCUGUCAAGUUUAUACGACUGAGGAACCGCGAGAGAGGGACUCUUCAAGGAUUCCUCAAACAUCUGUGAUGUAUGUAUCUCAGCUGUGUAGAAAUGCAGCUUUUAUUUCGUAGCUGUCGCUGAGAUGCUUUUUAUAGUGGAUUGUUUUGCUUUAAAAGGUACGGCCAUUUAUUUUCAACACCUGUGCACCAAUAUUGGUUGUAUAUGGGCAAAGUGUCAUAAUCAGAUGUGUUUUUAUCUUAAAUGUGUCUCCGAGAAGGGAAAAUCGUGUGCUUUAUUGUCACAGUAAAGCCAGUUACUAUUGACCUUUCAAACUGUUCCUGCGUCAUCUAUCUCUGGAACCCUCCAACUAUUUUAUAUACCAACGUUCAAAAGUUUGGGGUGAGAUAUUAAUAGGUUUAUUUAGCAAGGAUACAUUGACCAAGAGUGACAGUAAAGGCUUAUAAUGUUACAAUAUAUUCAAAUAGUUACUUUACAAUAUUUUUCACAGUACUGUUUUUACUAUAUUUUUGAUUACAUAAAGCCUUGAGCUUAAGAGAAUUUUAAAAACAUUCAAAAAUCUCACCCCAGACCUUUGAAGGCUAAAUGUUUACAUGUUUUUGAAGUGUUUUUUCACUGAGUUUUUUCACUUUUCACUAGUUCGCUAUCUAAACCUUUACCCCCUUUACAAGAUUUAGUAACUAACCAUUAUUUAGCAUAAAUGGCUCGCUCCAAAAGCUAACCCGUAAAAUAUCAAUUAAGUACUUAGAUGUAUAUGAAAGGUUACCACAGAUAGCGGUCAGAAGUGAUAAGAUACCGUGGUCUGUGUAGGGGUUUAUAUUUUAACAAUAUGGAUUGUAGUGUAUUAGAGAGAGAAGAUCAGCAAUACAGUAUUUAAGGUGGUUGCAUUGUGUUAUUUGUUUUUGUAAAAUAAAUGUGUAAAUA